GGAUGCGAAUCUAGAACUCCAAAUCAGUAUUUGGGAUUUCUCUCUUUAAGGACAUGGCAUGUCUUGAGUAUGGUCAUCUUAUAAUGGUACCCACAGCAGUAAGGACAUAGAGCUGGCAUGGCAUAGAGAUAGCCAGAAGGAAAUUUUAAAUGUGUGUAGAUUAGUAAUGUUGAUUUUGUUAAAACUUGGUUGCUCUGAAGACAGAAAAUCAUGGAUAGUUCAGGUCAAGGUAAAUGAGAACCACAGAUCCACAGCUUUGCAUUUGACACCCCACAGAAAUGCGUAAUGUUGCUUGUCCUUGGUUCUUGCAUCAGACAUGCCUAUGUAUUCUAAAUUCACUGCAUAAUAUAAAAUAAAUAGGCCUGGCACCUGUAGCUCAAACCAAAAGUACCCUCCACAGUUGUCUCUUAGGUUACAGGGGCUCAUAUUCUUCCCAGAUUAUUUCAAGUCACCAGGGAAGAGCUGGGGUAGGGAGUAGGAGGUGGUGCGUUGGCAUCCGACCAUGCUUUAAUUGCUGAGAAACAAUAUACAUUGCACUGGCUCCUCCCCACCUGCUUAUUUGCAGACUGAGCAUCAAAUUAAACUCUGCAGGACAGAGCAAACUCAGUCGACCUUUAGGACCAUAUAGCAUUUCAUUAAUUUCUCUUGAUGCGUAAAGCUUUAUUUUUCAGACUUUGAUGCAACAGCAUGGCUUGCCCUCAACAAUCAGAUGAGCUUGUCUUUUUUGUGAAUGGCAGGAAGGUAAUAGAGAGGCAGGCAGAUCCUGAAGAAUUGCUGCUGUAUUAUCUAAGAAAGAAGCUCCGUCUUUCAGGUACAAAAUAUGGCUGUGGAGUAGGAGGCUGUGGUGCCUGCACUGUGAUGAUAUCCACAUAUGAUCCUGUUGCCAAACGGAUACAUCAUCGUCCUGCCAACUCUUGCCUUCUCCCAUUAUGUUCACUGCAUGGUGCUGCUGUCAUUACUGUGGAAGGGGUUGGAAGCAUAAAAACCCGGAUUCAUCCAAUUCAGGAAAGGCUGGCCAAAUGCAAUGGCUCCCAGUGUGGCUUCUGCACCCCUGGAAUGGUGAUGUCCAUGUAUGCCUUACUAAGAAACCACGCAGAACCUUCCAUGGAGCAGAUUAUUUCUGCUCUGGAUGGUAAUUUGUGCCGUUGCACAGGAUACAGGCCAAUUAUAGACAGCUACACAUCUUUUACUAGGGAGCCAACAUGUUGCCAACUCAGAGGAACUGGACAAUGUUGCUUGGAUCAGGAGGAAUGUGUCUGUUCAUCUUCUACAGGGGGUCAGAUCCUUUCAGGUCUUUGCAAUCCAGAACAAUUCCUGCCCAUGGAUCCAACACAGGAAUUUAUAUUUCCUCCUGAACUAAUGAGAAUGGCUCAAGAGCAGCAAAGAACAACUCUGAUUUUUCAUGGGAAAAGAACAACAUGGAUUUCUCCUCCUAGCCUGAAGAAGCUUCUGAAGCUGAAAGCCAAGUAUCCAAAGGCACCUUUGGUUGUGGGGAACACUAGUGUGGGACUCAAAAGAAAUCACAGUGGUGCCUAUCAUCCAAUCAUUCUCCAUCCUGUUAGGAUUUCAGAAAUGCAUGUUGUGAGUAGCACAAGUGAUGGGCUAGUAAUAGGAGCUGCCUGCUGCUUGGCCCAGCUCAGAGACAUCCUAAUGAAGGUAGUCACAGAACUUCCAGCAGAGAAAACAAAAACAUACCGAGCUCUCUUGCAGCACCUGAGAACUCUAGCUGGAGAACAGAUCAGGAGCAUGGCGUCUUUAGGAGGACACAUUGUAAGCAGAGGAUCAUCCUGGGACUUGAAUCCAAUCUUAUCAGUUGGCAAAUCUGUCCUCAACUUGGCAUCAGAAGAUGGUGAAAGACAGAUUCUUUUAAAUGAUUGUUUCCUUGCUGGCUGUGAGCAUGCAGACAUAAAUGCCAAGGAGGUCAUUGUUUCUGUUCUCAUUCCAUACUCUAUGAAGGAUGACUUUGUUUCAGCCUUCAGGCAGGCUGAAAGACAGAAAAAUGCUUUGUCCAUAGUGAAUUCUGGAAUGCGAGUGCUCUUCCGUCCAGGCACAGACACCAUUGUAGAUCUGAGUAUUUUAUUUGGAGGCAUUGGCUCAACCACACUCAGUGCAAGAAAGUCCUGUGAGAAGCUUAUAGGAAGGCAAUGGAAUGAUCAGAUGCUGAAUGAAGCUUGCAAACUGGUGCUAGAGGAAAUUGUUCUCCCUCCAUCAGCUUCAGGUGGAAAAGUAGAAUAUAGGAGAACUCUGCUUGUCAGCUUUCUUUUCAGAUUUUACCUGGAAGUGUUACAUGGUUUACAUCAGAUGUAUCCCUUCAGGUAUGCUGAGCUUUCACAGGAGAAGAUGAGUGCUUUGGGAAUGCUGCAAAGUGGUGUUCCCCAGGGUGUCCAGAUCUAUCAGGAUGUUGACCCAGGACAGUCUCCACAAGAUCCCGUGGGCCGUCCCAUCAGGCACCAGUCUGGAAUUAAGCACACCACUGGUGAGGCAGUUUUCAUUGAUGACAUUCGUCCCGUGGAUGGAGAACUCUCACUAGCUGUGGUCACCAGCAUUAAAGCCCAUGCAAAGAUCAUAUCAAUUGAUGCAUCAGAAGCCCUUCAGGUGCCAGGAGUGGUUGAUGUAGUGACAGCAAGAGAUGUUCCAGGGAAAAAUGGCAAAGAUGAGCAAGCAUAUGCAGAAGAUAAGGUGAUUUGUGUUGGUCAGAUAAUCUGUGCUGUGGUUGCAGAGUCACUGACUCAGGCAAAGUGUGGGGCUGGAAAGGUGAAGAUAGUCUACAAAGAUCUGGACCCAAUUCUGACUAUUGAGGAUGCAAUAAAACAUAAUUCAUACAUUACUGAAGAAAGGAAAAUAGAAAAAGGAGAUACUGUGAAAGGAUUCAAGUCUGCUGAUGAAAUAAUCGAAGGUGAAUUGCACAUGGGAGGACAGGAACAUUUUUACAUGGAAACAAACAGUGUACUUGUUAUUCCAAGAGUGGAGGAUAAAGAAAUGGAUGUGUAUGUGUCAACUCAGCAUGCAACAGAUGUACAGGAAUUAGUGGCUUCAGCUUUAAACCUCCAGUCCAGUAAAGUUAUGUGCCAUGUGAAACGUGUUGGUGGAGCAUUUGGUGGGAAGGUUACUAAACCUUCCCUCUUUGCUGUAAUUGCAGCUGUGGCAGCAAACAAGACCGGGCAUCCAGUCCGCUUUGUCCUGGAAAGAAAUAUGGAUAUGUUAAUCACUGGUGGACGGCACCCUUUCUUUGGAAAAUAUAAAGUUGGAUUCAUGAAUGAUGGUAGAAUAAUAGCUGCAGAUUUUCAGUGCUAUAUAAAUGGUGGCUGUACAAAAGAUGAAUCUGAGUUGGUGAUUGAGUACAUUGUGUUGAAAGUGGACAAUGCAUACAAUAUCCCCAACCUCCGAGUCAGGGGACAUGCCUGCAAGACUCACCUGCCUUCUAAUACUGCCUUCCGAGGAUUUGGGUUUCCCCAAGCAGGUCUGCUUAUGGAGACCUGUAUGGUGGCUGUGGCGACCCAAACUGGCCUACCACAUGAGAAGGUUAGGGAAAUAAACAUGUACAAAGGAGUUAACCUAACAUCCUUCAAAGAAAAGUUUGAUGCAGAGAAUCUGUGGAAGUGUUGGGAAGAAUGUUUGGACAAAUCUGACUACUACAGUCGAAAAGCAAUGGUGGAAGAAUUUAACACUAAAAAUUAUUGGAAAAAGAAAGGAAUUGCCAUAAUUCCAAUGAAGUUUUCUGUUGGAUUUAAUGCAACUUAUUUUCAUCAGGCUGGAGCUCUUGUCCACAUCUAUAUAGAUGGGUCUGUGCUAAUCACUCAUGGUGGAAUUGAACUGGGACAAGGAAUUCACACUAAGAUGUUACAGAUUGCCAGUCGUGAACUGAAGAUACCACUGUCAUAUAUCCACUUCUGUGAAACAAGCACAACAACUGUGCCUAAUGGCAAAUACACAGCAGGAUCAGUCGGAACUGAAAUCAAUGCAAGAGCAGUGCAGAAUGCCUGUCAAAUCCUUUGGAAGCGCCUGGAGCCUAUUCGAAGAGACAAUCCUGAUGGCAAAUGGGAAGACUGGAUCAGUGAAGCUCACAAGCAAAGCAUCAAUCUUUCAGCUACUGGCUAUUUCAAAGGUUAUCAUACAAACAUGAACUGGGACACACAGAAAGGCCAUGCAUUCCCGUAUUUUCUCUUUGGAGUUGCAUGUUCUGAAGUAGAAAUUGACUGUUUGACAGGAGCCCACAAGAAUAUUAGAACUGACAUUGUCAUGGAUGCCUGUUUCAGCAUAAAUCCAGCUAUAGAUAUAGGACAGAUUGAAGGGGCCUUUAUUCAGGGGGUUGGUCUUUAUACAUUAGAAGAAAUCUACUUUUCUCCAAAAGGAGAGCAGCUCACUCUUGGCCCAGAUACAUAUAAGAUCCCUGCUGUCUGUGACGUUCCUGAGCAGUUCCGUGUCUAUUUACUGCCCAAUUCACGCAACUCAAUUGCCAUCUAUUCUUCCAAGGGCAUGGGCGAGGCUGGAUUAUUCUUGGGCAGCUCCGUGUUCUUUUCAAUACGAGAUGCAGUGGCUGCUACACGGAAAGAAAGAGGACUGUCCCUGGACUUCACACUGAACAGCCCCCUGACUGUUGAGCGGAUUCGCAUGGCCUGUGGUGAUGUCUUUACUGAGAUGAUUCCAAAAGACAAACCUGGAACCUAUAAGCCAUGGGCCAUCGAUAUAGCUUAGUACUGCUUUCCUAAGAAUCAACCAACCCGGUGAUUCCUUCAGCCACUUACUGAUCAAAAGCAUUCAUGUAAGAAAGAACUGUAACACUUACAUGCACACAUGCAUACAUAUAUAUAUCACACCAUCUUUGCAGAACAAGAUAUAAGCACCAGUUCUAUUGUAAGUCUCUAAGUAAAAGACCUCUCAUUAAUGUGUUUCAUGCUACACUGGAGUAGUUGGGGAGUUAACUCAAGAACUUCAAAGCAUUUGCAUGAGACUGAAAAUAUCUGCAGUGAAGAGCAGAUCACAAAUAGUACCAUUUUGUCACUUCUACAUCCAGUUUGAGAGUCACAGCUGUUGUUAUCUAUUUUUUCUGUUUUUCUAACAUAUGAAAAUCCCAAAGAUCAGAAUUAGACAAUGUACAAAUUAGUGAUGGGCAAUGUAUCAAUAUUUCAGUAAAAGAGAUAUUCUGAAAGUACAUACUACCAAAUAUUUCUAGACACUGAUAUAUUAUUACCACUACAGUAACCACAGUAAUACACCAGUAAAGCUUCUUUGCUUCCUGGCAGCCUACCUCAAGCCUGCUCCUUACCACCAGAUCUCUUUGAACCACUAUCAACUUUGACCUCUCCUAGAGCUGGAAUAUAAUCACUGCUAUUCACUCACUGCCUCGUCAUCACUUGUUCCUCUUCUCAAUAUUCGACUUUGAUAUUUAAUAGUUCAAAGCAAUAAAAUUUACAGUAAGAACACAUUUAACAACGUCAUUGUGUACCCAAAACACUAGCAUAAGAAAUAACUCUGGAGAUGCUUAACGGGUAUUUCAUUAGUUCAGAUCCUCAUUAAAUAGACAGAAAUUUAGACUAUUUUCAUUUAUUUUAAGGGUGAGGCUUAAAUUAACCCAGUAUAGAAGAGAGUGCAACCUGCACACACCCUCAAAUAAGUCAUGUUUAAUUUAAAUCUGUAGAGAUACAACAAGAUUUUAUUCCUUUACAUGUAAAUUAAUAUUGCAAGUAAUAAGGAAAUUUCUAGCUUAUGUGGGUGAAGUUUUCCUGAUCAUUUCUCUUGGUAAAUGGUGAGAAACUACAGCUAAUGGGAAAAGCUCAACUGGUAAUAGACUUUGCAGUUCUGUAAUAUCAAAGACUUCGGGAAGCUGACAGCAAGGAACUAUUAUGUCUUUUUGUUCCUUUCCGUAAAAUGCAAUUUUAAUAAUUUCUGAUUUAUCUUCUUUGCUUUUUACUUAAUUGUGAUUCAGACAAAUCCUCUCAGUUUAGAAUGAGUACCAAAGUAAUCAGGGUCUUGGGUUUAAAAUGAAUGGACAAAUAUUUGCAAAUAUUAAGGUGAAAAUCCUUCCUCUGAAACUCCCUUAGGGUAUUUUUGAAUGUAGUAUUUUGGGGAUUUCAUCGGGCUGUUAACUGGAACCUGUAAAAAUGUUUCUUGAAUAAAAGCAAACUUGUAA